UGGAGAGGAGACAGCCAUUUCACACUGGACGCAGGAAACUGAGUGCAGAAACUGCCCAGCCUGCAUAGGAGGGGCUGCAUAUGCCUGCCUUAAAACCUACCCUCCAACCGCACAGUAUUUAAGUUAAAUAUUGAAGGAAAGCUGUGACAAGCCUGCCGACGGACCAUGGACACGUUCCAGGAUGUGUUCCAGAAGGUGGAGAAGAUUGGGGAAGGCACUUAUGGAGUGGUGUACAAGGCGAGGAACAAACGAACAGGCCAGCUGGUGGCUCUGAAGAAGAUCCGUCUGGAUUCGGAGACAGAAGGGGUUCCGAGUACAGCAAUCCGAGAAAUCUCUCUGCUCAAAGAACUUAAGCAUCCAAACAUAGUGAGGCUUCUAGAUGUUGUGCACAGUCAGAAGAAGCUGUAUCUGGUGUUUGAGUAUCUGAAUCAGGACUUGAAAAAGUACAUGGACUCAUCCCGGACAGGGGAGCUCCCUUUAAGUUUGGUAAAGAGCUAUCUGUUCCAGCUGCUGCAGGGUGUGAACUUCUGUCAUUCGCACAGAGUCAUUCAUAGAGACUUAAAGCCUCAGAAUUUGCUUAUCAACGAAGUGGGAGCCAUCAAACUGGCAGAUUUUGGUCUGGCUAGAGCCUUCGGGGUUCCACUGCGCACUUACACUCACGAGGUGGUAACUUUAUGGUACCGGGCCCCCGAAAUCUUGCUGGGAUGUAAAUACUACUCGACUGCGGUGGAUGUCUGGAGCAUUGGCUGUAUCUUUGCAGAAAUGGUGACAAGAAAAGCCCUGUUUCCGGGGGAUUCUGAAAUUGACCAGCUCUUCCGGAUUUUCCGCACCCUGGGCACGCCCACCGAGGCAGCGUGGCCGGGGGUGACCCAGCUUCCCGACUAUAAAGGAAACUUUCCCAGGUGGGCGAGAAGAGAGAUGAAGGAGAUCGUUCCGAACUUGGAUCGGGAUGGGCGAGACUUACUGGCGCAAUUGUUACUGUAUGACCCCGACAGGCGCAUUUCAGCUAAGGCAGCCCUCAACCACCAGUACUUCUUCUGGCAAAGCCCCCAUGACCCCAAAGACCAGCACAUGCUGCAGAAACACUGCAGCUGAAAGGACCCAGCGCCUCUGGCCGCCUGUAUUCCUGAUGCUGAGCUCUGUGCAUCAGUGCAUUUACCCUCUCCGGUGGCUGAGCAGGGAGGCUGGCUGGGGUUGAAAUGCCUCCAUAUUACAAAGGAACUUGGAGGGAAGUGUUAGUUCUCAUUUAGACAGAGGUGUUUGGAUGCUCUCAGCCCAUUGCUGGGGGUAUCUGUUAGGGCCGUUAGAGCCUUCUUGAGGUAGUUGUUACAUGUGAUAGGGACAGGCCUGAUGGCACCAUCCAUCAGCCUAUAAUACUGACUGGGGGACACUAAAUUCUCACACUGGAGGGCAACUUCAGAAUCCUUGUCCCCUGGGCUGGGAGCGUAGCAAAAGUGAUGGUUGGUGCAGUGUAGCUUGUCUGUCCUUUCAGCACCCAGUCCUGGCUGUGGUUCAGAUAGCCCAUUGCAAAGAGAUUUGUCAGCUUCCCUCCCUGCAUCCGGCAGUGCUUGACCUAAAGCAACGGGGAGAGUCUACUGCAUACAGCCAGGAGCGUCGCUGUUUAUUGCUAUUAAAAAGAAGAGGGGCUGUUAGUAUAAGACUUUGUGUUCAACUGUUUAAGAAUUUUAGAGUUUUAAUUCCUAGUUAAACAGCAAGUGAAAAUAUCUUAAGAAUGAUCUUCAUCGUGCGCGAAAGAGAAGCCAAAGGCUCCCGCUAUGGCAACGUGUGAAGUCGCACAGUUCUGGAGAACAUGCUCUUUUGUUGUCCAAAUGAAAAAAGUUCAGUCACUUGGGUUGGCUUUGACAAUAUUUUACUGUUUAGCUUUUGAGUGAUUUAGCACCAGUUUUUGAUGCAGUUGUGGGACUUCUCUCCUCCAGUAAAGAAAAUACAUAGAAUUUGUUCCUAAGUCUUGGUUGUUUAUGUUAUAGGCUGCUCAAUUGUUUAGCCACCCCCUGGACUGAGGUAGUGAUGGAAUCUGACAAUCUCUUAUGUAUGCCAAAACCUCGACCUGUGUCUAUAGCACCACAGACCUGUGUCUAUCCAGCUGGUCCAUUUCUUUAUUACAGGCCUUCUAUUUUCCCUUUGUCACCUUCUUUAUUCUUUCUUCAGGCCAGAACUGUCAGAUGCUGAGACAUCAGAUAGUGUUUUGUGGAAUAAUGGGCAGAGAACAAAGAUAGUGCUGCUGCAGGGAGAAACUGAGUUUCUUUUAAACAAAA